GCAUACCGUAACUUUGUAUGUCCGUAUUUCAAGUCCUUAGUUAUUCCAUUUCAGGGAGCACAUUUUACCCGAAAGCUACAAGUGGUAAUAGUUAUUGAUCAAAAGGUUCAAAAGAAUCUACGUGUACGAGAAAUGGCAUUGAAAGAUGUGCAGAAUGUUGCGGACACACUAAAUGUCAACUUGACGCAAAUCGAUUUCGAUCGGUUGGAUUUUGGUGAAGCGAAUGCACUUGACACGUUCUAUAACGCUGACGUGGCACUGGUUGAUGUUACGGUACAGCAGCAACAGCCCAGUUUGUGUUAUCAUAUUGGAGUACGUGAAAGUAUGAAUCAAUCAUACAACAUCUUGAUGACAUACAUCGCUCCUGAUUCCGAAUAUCACAUUAUCGACGCUCUGAAGAAAACUCAUGCACAUCUACCGAUGAUCGUCUAUAUGAAGUUUCCAGAAAGUAAUACCCUCCAGUCAUACGACAGGAACAUGAAUGUAAGCGUUGAUUUUCAUUAUUUUCGAGUUUAUUCGAUUGUUUUAUACGUAAACAAAACACGUGAAAUUACCGAUGUGAACGAGACGAACGAUUUCUUGGAUAAGAUGCGUUGCCGUCUUGAUAAUCCGGACGUGUUGUCCGUUGAUACCGUACAUCAGCUGAUGAUCUCAUACAGAGAUAAUCAGAACUACAACGGUAUGAUUAGCCUUGUCGAAGAUCUCAGCCGUAUUGAAGACUGUACAUUAAUAGAUACGCAGGUGAUACGGUAUCAAUAUGCAUUUGCCUUAGCAAGGCGAAAUAAAGAAGGUGACCGUGAACGUUCGUUGGCUACCGUCUUGAAUAUCAUCGAAUCAACGGCUGACAAGGAAGCCCUAAGCCCUGACGUAAUCUGUUUAGCAGGACGCAUUUACAAGGACAAGUUUAUUGCCAGUAAUUAUGAGGAUCGUGAAUCACUGAACAAUGCAGUUUCGUGGUACCGUAAGGCAUUUGAAAUGUCUCCGCUGGAACAUAGUGGCAUCAACCUCACAACAUUAUUACGAGCAAGUGGUGAACAUUUUGAAAGUAAUGCCGAAAUGCAGCAAAUAGCCGUUGUUCUGAACUCUCUACUCGGACGAAAAGGCGCUUUACAUCAGCUUACUGACUACUGGGACGUAGCCACAUACUUCGAGGUAUCGGUACUGGCUGAAAAUUACCAGAAAGCUUGCGAGGCAGCUCUCAAAAUGGCAAUGCUGAAACCGCCAGUAUGGUUCCUCAAGUCGACCAUGGAAAAUAUCAANCUCAUAAAUCGAUGUGCUGCAACAAUCAGUCCGAUUGAAAAGGAGAAGCAGCAAUUCCUGUUCUGGUCCGAGUUCUUCAUGGAAGCGAUCGAUUCAGAAUCGGAUGUGACCUGUGCUCGUUUUCCGGUCUUGAUACAGGAACUAACCAAGCAAUUCACACCAUCCUAUCUUACAUUGAACGUAAACGAGCGGUCGAUGAUACUCAGUCAUGUUCUUGAAAAUAGUCAACAGAAAAACAUUCGGGAUAGUAGUCUCAUGGACCUUUUCUGUUCAGGUAUUCAUCGUUGGCACUUUACUGCUGGUAACAUCAAAGCAGUUUCCGCAUCGAAACGUGACGAUCGUUCGAUGUUCCUCUAUGUGCACGAAAACUCGGACGAUUUCAAUCUCGUCUUUCCAUCAGCGGCUCACUGUAACAAGUUUGUUAUAUUUGUCCCAGACGGUAAUCAAGGCAAAGUUCUGUCAAAUCUUGAUGGCGAAAAGAUGCAUUUCGAAUACGAAUUGACCUCUAAUGGUGAUCGAGUCGUGCUUGGAAAAGGCACCUACGGUGUGGUGUACUCUGCUCGUGAUGUGACGACACAACGUCAAAUUGUUGUGAAAGAGAUUGAAGUCAAAUAUGAUGAAGAGGUACAACCAUUGAUGGAAGAAAUCAAUCUGCAUUCAACCCUCAGUCACCAAAACAUCGUGCAGUACCUAGGUUGUGAUGUGGUUCACAGGGAUACCGGUAACGAUGUGUUUCUCAUCUUCAUGGAACAUGUACCGGGAGGAAGUUUGAGCAGCCUGUUGCGAUCAAAAUGGGGUCCAUUAAAUGAACCUGCAAUGGUAUUGUAUGGAAAACAGAUCCUUGAUGGAUUACGAUAUUUGCACGAACAAAAAAUCGUUCAUCGUGAUAUCAAAGGUGAUAAUGUACUGGUAAACACGUAUAGUGGAGUGUGUAAGAUCAGCGAUUUUGGUACCUGUAAGCGAUUAGCAGGGCUGAAUCCCGUCACAGAAACCUUCACAGGAACGCUGCAAUAUAUGGCUCCUGAAGUGAUCGAUCACGGCCAACGUGGUUACGGUGCACCUGCAGAUAUCUGGAGUUUUGGCUGCACGAUGGUCGAAAUGGCUACUGGACGACCGCCUUUUGUUGAGAUGCAGAACCCACAGGCGGCAAUGUUCCGAGUUGGAAUGUUCAAAACACAUCCGCCAUUGCCCACGGACAUUUCGGAAAAGUGCCGGCAUUUUAUCAAGAGGUUAGAAAUACAGAGUUUUGAAUUCUCGUGUCUGGAAAUGCUGCGUUCCACGUCACACAUUGGAGGCAUCGGCGUCAGCGAUCGUGGUUCUGUCGAAAUGCCAACUACUCCACAGUCAGCCGUGGCCGAAGAGAAACGACUACAUCUGAUGAUUGACAACAGUCGAACAAGAACGAUCUCAUGCAGUCCAGUACCGGAUGGUUCUAUAAGCGCAGGUACAUCUGUCUCUCAUCCAGGCUUCCCGUUGAGCCAACCCUCCAGCCCUAUCAUGGAUGACAACACACAUCCUCAGCUAGUGCCAUCACCAUGUACCGGUACACCCCGUUCCGGUGUCACGACAUUGUUGAAUAGGACAAUAUCCGACGAGAGUGCAAAUAGUUCCAACAGGUUCUUUAUGUUGAAGAAAGACUCGGAACGACGGCAUACGCUAGCCCAGUUCAUGUCGGAUUAUUCUGAACAGAGCUUCAGUUUUCAGGUUACGAUGCACAUGUUGGAAACGUUAUUAGACGGUAUGAGGGAAUUCUUGUUGAAAAAGGAGACUAAACACAUACAGGAUGCAUUGGAUGAAAUUCGUUGCCUUCUUGAUUACGAUACCGCCAAAAUCUCUCAGGUGAACAUGGCCAUCUUCACGUUUUCGGAUUCGAUUCAACCGGUAUUACGUCGAUUGGAUAUCAAACCACAUUGGAUGUUUGCAUUGUCGAAUCUGAUUCAAAGUGCCGUCCAAACAGCCAUUUCAUUACUCAGUCCAGACGUCUCAGCACAAUUACACGUAAUCGGCCAACGAACCUCCGUAUCCCGAGAAUCUGGUCAAUCGGAAAUGGAAAUUGUGGAUAGCAGUAGGCCACCGUCUCGAGAAGAAAGACGAGAAGAACGAAAAGAAUACCUGAACAACAUCAUUGAUGCCAAUGAUAAAUUAAGGGAAAACACAGCUCAAAUCAAUGGAUCGAUAAACCAGUCGAUCAUUCUCAUUGACUUUCGGUGGAAUGAAUUGAUUUUGUGUAGCGAUAACCAGUUUGCUCUAUUCAGAGCUACUGAAGAGCUGAUUGCCUGGUUGCGUGCAUUGGAAAUCGAUGACCGAUCAAUACGCCUAAUAGUCGCCGAACAAUACACCAAGCAGGAUUUGUUCGAAUUUGUCACAAGGGAAGAACUAUUGGCAUUAGGCGUAGCCGGUGGAGCGACAUGCCGCAUAUGGAGAGUUGUAAGUGAGGCACGUGAACGAGCUCGUCGAGCUCCAGUGUUUCUUUCGCCAAUGCGGAGUCGUGACGAUUCGCUGGACGAUUAUCAUUCUUCAAUCGCAGACGAGAUGUAUACAGUAGCUGAAAUGACGUCAUAA